CAAAACUGCAUCUUUUUAAAUAAACCACUGACAACAAUCAGCGAAAUAGUGCCGCUUGAAAAGGGAGUCAAAAAAAUUGCAAACAUUUCUAAGAGUUAUAGUGAAAGUGGGAAUGAUUCUCCACCAUACCUUCAGGUGUCCUGUGCAACCGCAGUAAAAUCCCUGCAAUCGAAUCACAGUUAUAAAGACCACCAACAGCAACAGCACUCAUACAGUAAAAAAACAUCUGCAAGUCAAAUCCAUACUCCUGCAUCUCGACGCCAGAAAGCGGAUAAAGCGGGACGAGGUUUGCGACAUUUUUCAAUGAAGGUAUGUGAAAAGGUCAAAGCAAAAGGAACCACCACCUAUAACGAGGUAGCCAAUGAAUUAGUCGCAGAGGAAACUCAAAAUCAUAAUCAAGGAGUUGAUCCCGGAACAUAUGACCAAAAAAAUAUCAGGCGACGUGUUUAUGACGCUCUAAACGUAUUGAUGGCUAUGAAAAUUAUUUCUAAGGAGAAAAAAGAAAUUCGUUGGCACGGUUUACCAACGAGUAACACUUUACAGGAAUGUGAGGAAUUAGAGAAAGAAAAUGAAAAAGCCCGUCGUCGGAUUGAAAUAAAACAACAACAACUUCUUGAUCUGGUUCAACAGCAUGUCGCUUUGAAAUCUCUAAUUGCACGCAACAAAGCAAAUGAAGAACGAGGGCUGAUACCUAAUCCUAAUUCUGCUGUGCAAUUGCCAUUUAUCAUCGUAAAUACUGAUAGAAAAUCUAACAUUAAUUGCAACAUUUCAAACGAUAAAUCUGAAUAUUCCUUCAAAUUCGAAGAUUCCUUUGAGAUUCAUGAUGAUGUGCAAAUUUUAAAGCGUAUUGGAUUAUCAUUAGCUUUAGAAAAAGGUCACUACUCGGAAACAGAUCUUAAAAAGAUAAAAUCCAUGGUUCCAAAAGCUGUCGAAAAAUAUAUUGAUGCUUAUGGUCUUGGAUCCGAGCAAGAUGAUGUCGAUGACUGGGAAAUGAGUUCUCUGUACAACGGUCCUGAUAAUGAUGACAGUUUAUCUACCCAGGAUAUGCUCGCCUUCAAUGAUACCACUAAUGACAUGCUGGAUGAUGAAAUGAAAUUCGAAGAUGAUCAAGAUGAUUAGCUUACGAAUUAUGAAGACAAACAGAAAAGUCCUGACACUCUUCUGCUUAACUUGCCGUUAUACUUUUCGAUAUGUUUGACUUUUUUAUUAUUUCAUGUUUUGUUGUGGGAGAUUCAUGUAACCAAA